AUGACCGAAUGUCCUGACCUCACCCAACCUCACCUCCAACUGAUUAUCGAGAUGGAAAGCAAGUUAAACACAGACGGAAUAUUGCUAUUCGAACAACCCUUUGCACGAGUGCCUUAUGAGAAUUACCGCAAGAUUUUUCGGACAUCGCAGAAGAAUGUCGAAAGGGAGCUGGGAGCUGUCCUGAGCACCUCAAAGGAUCUCAGUUCCCGUGCUUCCAGCAGAAGCAUUGAUCAGGAAGCUGCUUUGAAGUCCGUUGACGGAAUGAUAGGACGUGUUGAAAACCUCAAGCGAAAGCUGUCGUAUUUACACGAGACGGCUGGUAAACCAACCCAAGACGUCAUGCGAGAGCGUCUACAUCACCUAGCCACGAUCGAGUCCCUCCAAAACUCGAGUCAACCAGAGUUCUCACGAUGGGCCGAUACACGGUUGGAUCGGUGGCUUGUAGACUGGUGUUUGCGGAAUGGUAAAGAGAACACUGCCCGAAAGAUCGCGAAGGAGAAGAAUAUAGAGACUCUUGUCGAUAUCGACCUUUUCACAGGCAUAAAGCGAAUAGAGGACGCCCUUUCCAAACACAGCUGUACGGACGCCCUCGCUUGGUGUAGCGAGAACAAGAGCGCACUUCGGAAAAUAAAAAGCACCUUGGAAUUUGAUCUCCGCCUGCAAGAAUACAUUGAACUCUCCAGAUUGCGACAAACUACGGAAGCUAUCGCGUAUGCGAAGAAGUACCUGGUUUCAUGGCAAGAGACCCACCUUUCCCAGAUACAGCAAGCGUCCGCGCUACUGGCUUUUCCGCCCAACACUCGCUGCGGUCCUUACAAGCGGCUGUAUGAUCCAUCACGAUGGAAUAACUUGGUUCGAUCAUUCCGUCUUGCAAUCUACAACUUGAAUACUCUUCCCACCGAACCACUUCUCCAUCUGGCGCUAUACGCCGGACUUGUUGCCCUCAAACUACCGGCAUGUUAUGACCACGCUACGAAAAAUGUCGAUUGUCCUGUAUGCGACGGUGAAUCUGGACCAGGGCUCUUUCCAUUGGGAUUGGGGAGGCUCGCUGAAGAGGUCCCCUUCAGCCACCACGCAAACUCAACGAUUGUCUGUCGAAUAAGCGGGAAAAUUAUGGAUGCGGACAACAUGCCGAUGGCGUUUCCUAGUGGUCAUGUAUAUUCAAGAGAGGCUUUGGAAGAAAUGGCGGCGAGAAAUGAUGGUAUUGUUACUUGCCCUAGGACAGGAGAAACUUGCAAAUUUACGGCAUUGAGAAAAGUGUUUAUUUCAUGA